AUGGAAAGGGCCUGCGGAAGACAGUUGGUCGAUGUAUGGGGCGAAAUGAAUCAGCUGCAACAGUUCAGGCUUGUUCAAUGUCUGGUCCAGCUUCAAAGCCAGCUGGCAGCUUUGGAGUUUCCAGCCUACGUAAAUAUGUACUUUCUUCCUUCAGACGCUCAGAAUUCGGACCUAAUUGUUCCAAUGAACGACGACUACUGUGUCGGCCCAGCAUAUAAUGCUUCGUACUCUCCACAGCUGAGUGAAAGAGCUUACGCAGGUCCAUGGCAGGGACUCUCAGAUCUUGGCCUUGGAUUGGUCGAACGGGGUCUUGCGCACUUACAACAUACGUCGCUCGCCCCUCGUACGCCCCAUUUCGGCACCAAAUCUGAACACUUCGAUAUCCUUACGAUGGCUAAGAAGCUAAUACCACACUUGGGCGCAUUUGCACCUCUACAACAGUCUGCCAAGCCUACAUUGUGGCAUACUGAUCUUCACAUGGGUAACAUAUUCGUCUCUGAACAGGACCCGACAGCUAUAGUCAAUGUCAUUGAUUGGCAAUUCACCUCAAUUAUGCCUGCUUUCAUGCAAAUUCAGUGGCCCUCUUUUCUUGCCCCACCUGAUGGCUACGAACUCGGUGCGGUCAAGCCGAAAUUACCUUCAAAUUUUGAAGACAUGGAUACAGACGAAAAGGCCUUUGCUAUCAGCGAGAGAGAACUAGCUCUGCUUUCGAAAUGCUACGAAGCAUCUCUGGUCAAAAAUCACAUGGAAUCGUACUUGGCUAUGUCUCAAGUUGACUCUGCUAUCAGGCACCUAUUCAUGUUCGCAGAAAACACGACCAAGAAUGGGAUACUUCCCCUCCGUGAUUGCCUCACUCAGCUUGCUGCAAACUGGAACGAGAUGGGCAUUGCUGAGCAAUGUCCUUAUCAUAUCACAAGUGAGGAUUUAUCGAAACAUAAGAUGGAGCUUUCCCGGUACAAGGACUGGCAGAAACUCAAAGGUUACACACAGGAACUGCUGCAGACAGAUGAUGAAGGUUGGAUUUCCCCUCAGCUUGACUUCGAGAAGGUCCAGACAACACAUGCCGAGCUCUUCCAGCUAUAUAUCGAGAAAGAAACCGAAGAUAUAUCUGAGGAAGAGGCAAGAAGGCUUUGGUUCUACUUAGAGAACACCUAG